CCUACCCAGCUCAACCGCAGGACCGUCACCAUGGUCCUCUUCACCUCGCUCGCCGCCGCUGCGGCUCUCGCCGGCUCGUCCAACGCCUCGCCCCUCUUCCGCCGCCAGGGCGGCACGUCCGGCCUCCCCGCCAACGCGACCGUCCCCAACGGCAGCGGCAACAACAUCACGUACGAGGUCGUCCCGACCACGUCGAACGGCACGAGCUUCGUCAACGCGAGCGUCGAGUCGGUCCCGCUCGGCGUCAACGCGACGGGCUUCAACGUGUCGUACACCAACAGCUCCGAGCCGUACGAGGGCGCGCACCUCAUCCUCGGCAACCCGACCAAGAACGGUACCAACGCGACGCUCGCGUGGCCCGGUCAGCCCGCCGGCGGCCUCCUCGAGUACAAGCCGACGUACCAGGUCAAGUCGAACUUUGACUUCCAGUCGCUCAACCUCGCCCUCAACCAGGAGCUCAUCGAGCUCGACCUGUUCAACUGGGGACUCGCUCACUUUACCAGCGAGCAAUUCGAGGCCGAGGGCUACACGGCCGACGACCGCUUCCUCCUCGAGCACAUGGCCGCCCAGGAGGUCAGCCACGCCAUCGCGAUCACCAACAUGCUCGGCGUCGACCGCGCCGCCAAGCAGUGCGUCUACGAGUACCCGGCCUUCGCGAGCGUCAAGGAGUUCGUCGUCUGGAAUGCGCUCCUGACGCGCUGGGGCGAGGCAGGCGUCUACGGCUUCCUCGGUCAGCUCGACUCGCGCCCGGCUGCGCAGAUCCUGCUCCAGUCGAUCACGACCGAGGCUCGCCAGAUGAUGAUCUUCCGUCAGUUACAGGGUCUCCCUGCCAUGCCCGAGCACUUUGAGACCGGCCUGCCGCAGUCGUUCGCUUGGACCCUCCUGUCGCCGUACCUCAAGAGCUGCCCGUCCAACAACCCGCGCAUCGAGUUCACCCGCUUCCCGCUCAUCAACGUCACCAACCAGCCGUCCGCGGUCGACGGCAUCCCUGGCAUCAGCUCGAACUACACCCUCACCGAGGGCGCCGGCCGCACCGUCAACUUUACGUGGGAGCCGCUCGGAAAGUCGGUCAGCUACCCCGAGGGCAACUACAGCACCUCGUCGGUCGCGGGCGAGCCCAAGUACCUCGCGUUCAUCGACCAGCUCAACGUCACGUACGCCGAGAUCACCAACCUCGGCAACAACUCGGGCUCGGCCGUCGUCCCAAACGCGACCGUGUACGGCAACCAGCCGCAGGUCGUCAACACGGCCUUCAUCGCCAUCACCGACAGCGCGCCGUACCUGACGCCGUACAACAUCUCUCUCAUCAACAACCACACGGUCGCUGUCGGCCUGUACCAGGCGUCGUAAGGCGUCGCGCCAUCCUCGCGCCGCACGCCCGAGCCUCCCUUCCUCCCGAUUCGCCUCUUUUCCUCCCCCUCGCUUGCCUGCACCCCUCCUUCCCUUCGCCCUGCCUAAUUCUCCCUCCCCCGCAUUUGUAGCUAGCCCUCCCCUCGUCCGUAGUCGCCUCGCGCUCCCUUGAAGGACGCUUUCUCUUUCGUCGCGCAAUCGAGCCCUGCUCUCCUCGUC